UGAAAUCUCGCGCAGGAACACACCGGCCAUUUUUCUCCAUAGCACGGCUGCAGCUUCCAGGGAGUGAAAUCGCGCUUCAUAGCACUUUGAUAAGCCCACAAGUUUGGACAAGUGUCAGUCGGUUCGACAGGCUUACGAAAAGUCCCAACAACAGGACGCGAAUCAUGCUGUCGCGGACGCGUGCAAAGUUACUUCGCUGACAUCCUCGUCUGCGUUCGGCUCGCCUUAAAGUGUCGCACAAAUGGAAAUGGUGCCUAGCGAGGGGAACCAGUUCGUUUCCAAAGAGAUCCAAAAAGCUGCUGAGGAGCCCAGAGUACUGUGUAUAAUCCAGGACAUUACCUGUGCCAAGACUGUCAACGAGAGGUUGACUUUCAACCUACCUGCAUCCACAACCCUCUCCAAACUCUAUGAAGAUGUUGCCCAUAAAGCAGGAUAUGUCAACGGAUCCUUUGAACUCGCCUGGGGAAACACACAAGAGAUGACACCCCUCGAGCACAGCGGAGAGGUGUCACUUCUGGAUUCUGGGUUUCAGCCUGGUGGUAAGAGGAAUUUCCUCCAGAUAACGGACAAAGAUGGAGAACAGCCACAUGUUGCUUCGGAAGAAUCAAGAGCAGCGGAUAGCAGCGGACUGGAUGAUAGCUCCCAGGAGAGAUUCAUUGGGCCCCUGCCCCGAGACAGUACCAUUGGCUGCAGUGGUGACUGCAGUAGCCCCUCUUACUCUUAUACCUCCAUCCUCAACAAAUCUGAGACAGGUUAUGUGGGUUUGGUUAACCAAGCGAUGACCUGCUAUUUGAACAGUCUCUUACAAACCCUGUUCAUGACCCCGGAGUUCAGAAACGCGCUGUACAAAUGGGAGUUUGAAGAAUCUGAAGAGGACCCAGUCACAAGCAUUCCCUACCAGCUGCAAAGACUGUUUGUUCUUCUCCAGACCAGCAAGAAACGUGCCAUAGAGACCACCGAUGUGACGAGGAGCUUUGGAUGGGACAGCAGUGAAGCUUGGCAGCAACAUGACGUACAAGAACUUUGCAGGGUCAUGUUUGAUGCCUUGGAGCAAAAGUGGAAGCAGACGGAACAGGCUGACUUGAUCAACCAGCUGUACCAAGGGAAGCUUAAGGAUUACGUUCGCUGUCUGGAGUGUGGCUACGAGAGCUGGAGGAUUGAUACGUACCUGGAUAUCCCUCUUGUAAUAAGACCUUUUGGGGCCAGCCAAGCCUAUGGCAGUGUGGAGGAAGCUUUGCAGGCAUUUAUCCAGCCCGAAACUCUAGAUGGGCCCAACCAGUACUUCUGCGAACGCUGCAGAAAGAAAUGUGAUGCCCGGAAGGGUUUGAGGUUUCUGCAUUUCCCUUACCUGCUGACGCUGCAGCUGAAGCGAUUUGAUUUUGACUACACCACUAUGCAUCGCAUCAAGCUCAAUGACAGCAUGACUUUUCCUGACGAACUUGAUAUGAGUCCAUUCAUAGACGUGGAGGAUGAGAAGUCCCCUCAGACAGAAAGCUGCACUGACAGUGGAGCUGAGAAUGAAGGCAGUUGCCACAGUGACCAGAUGAGCAAUGAUUUCUCGACUGAUGAUUGUGUGGAUGAGGGGAUUUGCCUGGACAGCACUGGCAGCGCAGAAAGGGUCUUGAAGCCAAAGAGUUUGCCAAGCUUUGAGCUGUUUUCCGUUAUGGUCCAUUCCGGAAGUGCUGCGGGUGGCCAUUACUACGCCUGCAUUAGGUCCUUCUCUGAUGGACAGUGGUACAGUUUCAAUGACCAGCAUGUUAGCAAGAUCACCCAAGAAGACAUAAGAAAGACUUAUGGGGGAUCCUCAGGCAGCCGAGGAUAUUAUUCCAGUGCCUUUGCAAGCUCUACAAAUGCGUAUAUGCUGAUUUACAGAUUGAAAGAUCCCUCAAGAAAUGCAAAGUAUUUAGCUGUGGAUGACUUCCCAGAGCACAUAAAGAGUUUGGUUGAGAGGGAGAAAGAGUCUGAAGAACAAGAGAAGAGACAAAGAGAGAUCGAGCGAAACACUUGCAAGAUCAAGCUUUUCUGCAUGCAUCCUUCGAAGAUGAUGGUGGAAAGCAAGCUUGAAGUACAUAAGGAUAAAACACUUAUGGAGGCAACCGAAAUGGCCUACAAGCUGAUGGAGCUGGAGGAGAUGGUCCCCUUGAACUGUUGUCGUCUUGUGAAGUAUGAUGAGUUCCACGAGUACCUGGAACGCUCCUACGAGGGCGAGGAAGAGACACCCAUGGGCCUUCUGCUUGGAGGUGUCAAGUCCUCGUACAUGUUCGACUUGUUGCUGGAGACCCGGCGGCCAGAGCAAGUGUUCCUGCCUUACAAACCUGGAGAGGUUAUGGUGAAGGUUCAUGUUGUGGAUCUGAGAACUGAAAUCAUCGCCCCUCCUAUCAGUGUUCGGGCUUAUCUGAACCAGACCAUCACUGAAUUCAAGCAACUUAUUGCACAGGCUACAGGACUAUCUGCAGAAACAAUGCGCGUGGUUCUGGAGCGCUGCUACAAUGACCUGCGCCUACUCUAUGUCCCAAACAAGACACUGAAAGCGGAAGGUUUCUUCAGGAGCAACAAGAUUUUUGUGGAGAGUUCAGAAUCAACUGAUCAUCAGGUCACUUUCACCGACUCGCUGCUGUGGAAGCUGUUAGAUCGCCACGGGAAUACUAUACGACUACUGGUCUUGCUUCCUGAACAGUCCCCUGGCACUUUGGCCAGUAGAACUAUUGGCCAAAAGGUUGGCAGUGACUCAGAUGUGCCCUUUGAAGGAUCAAAAGGCAACAGGAAAUCAGUGGAGGCUAUCCUUGAGGAGAGCACAGAAAAGUUAAAGAACCUGUCUCUGCAGCAGCAGCAGCAGCAAGGUUCUAGUACCAGCGACAGCCAGAAAAGCUCAGACGCCAGUGACUUUGAACAUAUUGAAUCCCCGAGCCAAGAGGCGGACUCAAAUUCAGCCUGCGUGGCCGCGGACAACAGAGAACUCGAGAACCGAAUUGGGGGCACAACCGGUUCCAAGGGCAGUGCUUCAUCUGAGCCAGAAAACCACUUUGGUUGUGAGGAGCGCUCAGACUCUGAGGUAAACAAUGACCGCAGCACCAGCUCGGUGGACAGCGACAUCCUGAGCUCAAGUCACAGCAGUGACACGCUGUGCAAUGCGGACAGCGGUCCCAUCCAGCUGGCCAAUGGUUUGGACUCGCACAGCAUCACUAGUAGCCGUCGCUCUAAAGCCCAUGAGGGCAAGAAAGAGACCUGGGACACUGCAGAGGAAGACUCUGGGACGGACAGCGAGUAUGACGAGAACGGGAAGGCAAAAUCGGAAGCCCAGUACUUAUACUUCAGGACAGAACCUUGUUCCCAGGAUGAUUCUGCCUGCCAGUCACAAAAAUGUUUAUUGAUUCAUGUGGACAAGAGGAUAACACUGGCAGCAUUCAAACACAAUCUGGAGCCUUAUGUCGGCGUCAGCUCAGCUCAGUUCAAAGUGUUUCGGGUUUAUGCCAACAACCAGGAGUUUGAGAGCAUACGGCUCAACGAAACUUUGUCGUCAUUCUCUGAUGACAACAAGAUAACCAUUCGGCUUGGGAGAGCCCUGAAAAAGGGUGAAUACCGAGUGAAAGUGUAUCAACUUCUAGUAAAUGAACAAGAGCCCUGCAAGUUUCUCGUAGACACAGUGUUUGCCAAGGGCAUGACUGUCAGACAGUCUAAAGAAGAACUGCUUCCUCUGUUGAAAGAACAGUGCAAGCUUGACCUCAGCAUAGACCGGGUGCGUCUCAGGAAAAAAACAUGGAAGAAUCCAGGCACAGUAUUUCUGGACUACCAUGUUUAUGAGGAAGACAUCAGCAUCUCCUCCAACUGGGAGGUUUUCCUAGAAAUCCUCAGUGAUCAUGAGAAGAUGAAGUCGAUGUCACAGCUGGCUGUUCUGACCCGGAGGUGGAAUGCAUCCUCGAUGACGCUAGGUUCCUUUCAGGAAGUGAUUUUGGAGAGCAGCAAUGUUGAUGAACUCAAGGAAAAGCUAAGUGAAAUGAGUGAUAUCCCUCUUGAAAAGCUGGAGUUUGCUAAGGGCCGGGGAACAUUUCCUUGUGACAUUUCUGUGCUGGAGAUCCAUCAAGAUUUGGACUGGAACCCCAAAGUGUCAGCAUUGAACAUGUGGCCUCUAUACAUCUGUGAUGAUGGGGCUGUGGUUUUCUACAGGGACAGCACUGAGGAACUGAUGGAGCUUUCAGAAGAUGAGCGCAAUGAACUCAUGAAAAAGGAAAGCAGUCGCCUCCUUAAGACUGGACAUCGAGUCAGCUACUCACCGCGGAAAGAAAAGGCCCUCAAGAUCUAUCUGGACGGCGGUCCAGCCAAGGAUCCAGGGCAGGACUGAGGCCCAUGGCCUCGCCCUUUGUCAUUUGGACCUCCUGGCGACUCUCUGCAUCUCUGAAAACAUGGACAUCAAGCAGCGGAGUGAGGUUUAAAUGCUCUCACCCUCCACUCUGAACUGGGAAACCUCCUUUGUGCACUGUUAGUUUGUAUUGUACUGUCAAUUUGAAAGGGAAUUCGAGAAGUUCUUGACGGAUCAAUGUUCAGGACAAAUCAGCGUGAAACUCUGGAGAUGCUGUACACGUUCAUGUCUCACCUCUGUUCAUUUUAUUCAUCUGGAUCAGUUCCUCAGAGAUUAUUCAAUGCUCAUCAACUACUAUUGAUCACCUUCCUUUGAAUUCUAUCAAAUUAAGCCUAGGUGCCACCAAAAAUCAGUCCUGGAGAUGCAAGCUUGUAGUUCUAAUGUUACAAGUUGUACUCCUGCUCUACUGCAGGUUCAUGUUUAGUCACAGAUUUGCUCUCCAUCAGAGCUUGUUCAUCCGACAUCUCCACUAAGUUCCGAUAACGUUCAAUUCUCCACUUGAUAAAAUCAAGUAAAGAUGUUCUAAACAAGCAGCUUGAUUUUGUAACUUGUUUAACCCCGGUUGUAAUUCUUCUUCGCGGCCACGCACCCCUACCUGUUGUCUGUAUUAACUCACUGGAUGCCACUCAUAAGAAAUGACAUGCCAUUUCAAAUGGAUCGGACGUCUAAUCGCUGUCAAUGGCAACCAAUGAGUUAACAUGUUUCGGAUUUCCUGGUCCCUCGAUGAUCGAUGUCCAUUGUGUGCAACAUACUGAGAGGGGACAGGACCUCCCGUGUUUUUUUUUUUUUUCCGGCCGAGAGCGCGAGGUGGAAUCUGCGCUUAAACUCACUGCUGCUUGAUAGGACUCCAGAGGGUAGAGAAAGUCAGCCAGAUCACCUGUAUCUCGGCUUGUUUGGCUUUCAAAGCUGCCACCAGCUGUUCACUAGAAAUGCCAAUAUCUGUUGAUUUUUUUUGUUUGUUUGUUUUCCUCUGUUGGUGUUUAUUUCUUUUGAGAUUCAAAUCCUGUGUGAAAAUAGUUUCAGAUUUUAGAAGUUAAUUAAAAUGCUUUAUUUCAUAACCAGUUUUUCUUUUAUGAAAAAUAACAUGACUUGCAAGUUUAUUUGAAUUUUAUGAACCUUUACCAAAGCAUAUCUCAGCAUCUGUCUACUUUUUAGAUGAGUAAACUAUAAAAGCAGAUAGACCCGUUUAUAAUUAUUGCAUUCGAACCAAUGCCAGCCAUCCCUGUCGAAAUGGAUUAAACGCCUCUUGGCAUCUACAAACGAGUAUGACUAAAGAGUUAACGCGAUUUCAAACGAUUCAACCCGAGUGUCCAAACAUUUUUAGAUAGCUUGAUUGAAAGCUAUGUUUUCUCACAAAAUAGUACAGGUGUUUAAUAAAAUUUGGUCUGUAAUUGUUCUACACAAACAUCCUCUCUCCUAACUGAAGUCGGCUACUAAUUUGCAUGAAUGAUUCCGCUUUUCUAGUUGUACUGCUCUGCUGGGAUAUGCUUUGCUGGUUACGUUGAGUUGAAAAAUGAUUUGCAGUGUGCAGUACAUUUUAUUGUUCAGCCAGGCCAGUGAUGAGUUAUUCAUGCAGUACACUUUUUCAAGUUGACAGACUUCGAAACCUCUGGUAAGCAAGUCACACUUAUUUUUACAAACCACGUUGUGUAGCUUUGUGAUGUAUGCAAACAAAGAGGAAAGCACAGUUCCUGAGGGGUCCAAGAGAAAAAUAAAGGUAUAAGAGUUAAACAUGUUAGAGGAUGUAGUCUAUGGCUGAAUAAAGGCUGUCUGCCAGAUCCUCUUCGCUGGAGUCCACUGCUCGCAGACACAUGGACCCUCGCCUGCCAGCGGAAAGAAACGUGAGAAUUGAAAAUGCGAGAGUCAAAAUUAGUGCGUACAUGCAGUAAUUAAUC